GUGACUUACUUAAUGAUAAAGAACACUGCUUUUGCCAUUUAUGUGACUGAAACUAAUAAUUUUAUAUAUGCCAUGUUAAUCAGUGAUCUUUUUUUUUCUGUUUUGCAGGUUGGCCCCAAUGCGAUUAUACACACUCUCAAAACGCUAUUUUGUGUUGGUUUUUGUGGUAUUCUUCAUCUGUUUUGGAUUAACACUUUUUAUUGGCAUUGCUGGCCCAAACGUCAUCGACACAAAACCGUAUCGAACUGGCCCAUCCAAUGUUUCCAAGGUAUAAGCUGCUUCUUUUGAAUAAAACCCAUCUACUCAAAGGGAGAACAUGCAUUGCAGCUAUGGCUAACGUGCCGAAUUGAGCUAGACAAAUCUGAUGACACCAGCAUCCAAAGCAACUUAACAAUACUUGUGAACAUUCAGGGUAUAGCUGAAGAUGCAACUGUGUCUUAUGUUGACAAGAAAGAACACAGUCAUAACCGGAUAAUUAGCUGUGCACAGAAAUGUGACGAAAUUAUAGUGGUACAUCUAGGCUAUCUGAACUAUACACGCUACAAACUUUUUGUCCGGUUUGAAAAUUUAAAUCAGUUGAGAUACACUAUUACAGCGGUUACAUUUAGUUGGAAAACCUACAACCCUACCUUUUCGCAAGUGGAGAUCUGGUUUCGUUUUGUGUUUGUGGUGCUCACAUUCAUGGUGACGUGUCUAUUUGCACAUUCCCUUCGGAAGUUCUCCAUGAGAGACUGGGGUAUAGAACAGAAGUGGAUGUCGGUCCUUUUGCCACUGCUUUUACUUUAUAAUGAUCCAUUCUUCCCUCUCACAUUCCUGGUUAAUAGCUGGUUUCCUGGCAUGCUGGAUGACCUAUUUCAGUCACUCUUCCUGUGUGCACUUCUGCUCUUUUGGCUUUGUGUUUAUCACGGCAUUCGGGUGCAGGGGGAGAGAAAGUGCAUGACUUUCUAUCUGCCAAAACUGUUAAUAGUUGGACUUCUGUGGCUUGCUUCUGUGACUCUGGGCAUAUGGCAAACUGUUAACGAAUUACGUGAUCCAACUUACCAGUACAGAGUAGAUGCUGGCAAUUUCCAAGGCAUGAAAAUUUUCUUCCUUGUGGUGGCAACAAUGUACAUCCUAUAUCUUUUGUUCCUUGUUAUACGAGCGUGCUCUGAACUACGAAAUAUGCCAUAUGUUGAUCUGCGGCUCAAGUUUCUUACAGCUUUAACUUUCGUAGUGCUUGUUAUCAGCAUUGUCAUUUUAUAUCUAAGAUUCGGCUCACAAGUUUUACAGGACAAUUUUGUUGCUGAGCUGUCAACACAUUAUCAAAAUUCAGCAGAGUUCUUGUCCUUCUAUGGCUUGCUGAAUUUUUAUCUAUACACUUUAGCAUUUGUCUACUCCCCAUCAAAAAAUGCACUGUAUGAAUCACAGUUGAAAGAUAAUCCUGCCUUUUCAAUGCUAAAUGACUCUGAUGAUGAUGUAAUAUACGGGAGUGACUACGAGGAGAUGCCUCUUCAAAAUGGACAAGCCAUAAGAGCUAAAUAUAAAGAUGAAUCUGAUAGUGACUGA